AUGCCUGAAGGAUGCUGGAUGCACACUGCUGAGGAAUGCCAAGCUUUUUGUCCUGUGGAGGAAAUGCCCAAUGCUCUUCCAAUACUGCCACGACAUUCAACACCUGAACAAGCAAUCGCGGUAUUAGAUGCAUUCGAACACUGUUUUGAAUAUCACUGGUCCCUCAACUUGAGAAAGAUCAGAGCGGAUGUCGAAAUUGAGCAAGAAUCUGAGCAUCUUCAGUGCCAUAUGAUUGCUCUGAUUGUGGCCAGAAAGAACAUUCUCUCUAUUCGCAACGCACGUCGUAUGAUUGUCAAUGGUGAAGUAGACUUUGUAUACAUUUCAAGAGAGUACUUGAACAGCAAAUCACACAGUCAAAUUUAA